AUCAUCCUGAGGAAAGAAGAGUGAAGGUUUGUCACCAAUAUAAGUAUGAAGGGGCUGCACAAACUCACAGCAUCUGCCCUGGCCCUGCUCCUGGCAGCAUCCUUCAUCACCUUCUCCUGGAGUGCCCCCCAGGCUCAUUUCCAAAGGAGAAACUGGACUCCUCAUGCCAUGCUCUAUUUGAAGGGUGCACAGGGACGUCGCUUCAUCGCAGAUGAGAGCCAGAGGAAGGACCUGUAUGGCAGAGUGCAGCUGGAAACACGCAGCCAUAACAUAAAUCCUUUACCUCUUUCUGAAGCUGCUGCACUGUUCCUUACUGCCUUACAGAAAGCACAAGAAGUGGAAGAAGAAAACAGUGAUCACCCUGACUACUUGACAGACAAUCUAUCAAAUUGGUGAAAUUAUUUAAAAUGUCUUAAACAUUUGUACAGCUUUGAGCCUGAAAGCAUAACUUGUGUAAGUGUUUCAUCCAUUCUCACUGAAGUUCCCAAAGGGUGAGGUGUUUCCACAGUGCAAAAUUUUGAAUGCAAAGGGAUUAAGAGGUAAUAGUUCAGAUAAGGAAAGCAUCUGUAAUGUUUCUGCUUUCUUUAGAGCAUUUUGUAUGUCUCACCUGAAAUUCAAAAUACAUGGUACCAUCUCACCUGAAAAGAUGAUUAAAACUGUCUUUUUGGACAACCACUUCAUUAAAAAGUUUUUCAGUUGCCAUUGGGAAACCUUUUACCACCUUCUACUCAGCUGAAUAUUGAAGCUUUUUAAACUCUGAUAAAGACAGGUUCCAUUACCACUGCAUUGGUGGCCCUGCAGGCUGCUGAUGGUCAAAAAAUUCAAUGAGGUGUAAAAAAACAUUCCAGCUAUCUGUGACUGCAAAGCUAGUGAUUUUUUUUUUUUUUUUUUUUUUUUUUUUUUUUUUGGCAGAUAUCAGUCAGCACAGAGAAUAGGCAGCAGCAUUUAUUGCCCCAGUUGACUCCUGCAGAAAUACUCUGCAGUGUUUAAUAAUCCUACUGAGCACAUAAAGGCAGUUUGGGGACAGGUCUUGCACUAUCAGGGCCUCAUUAACAACUGCAUUGUGAUUGUACUUUUUUUGUUCUUUCUUUCUGAGUUGCAGAAGUGGAAUUAUGCAUAAGUCUGUUAAUUAUCAUUCUGUGCUGAUAAGGAUGUAUUAUUUAUAUAGUUCUGUGAUCUUACUGGAAAGCCCUCUGUAGUUCUGAUGUAAUUAAAGAAUAGCCACAUGA